AUGGCAUUGGUUGGUAUGAGGAUGACGACUCAAUAUUGGGACUUUAAGAGAAAGCCCAAAAAGUGUCGCAAAAAGGCCAAAAACAAGAACAAAGAAGACAAGGACAAGCUUAUAGAGGCAGAAGACAAGUCCAAAAAGGCAAAGGACAAAGCCCAGAAGAAGAAGCAGAAGAAAGAUAAGAAGAAGAAAGGAGGUUCAUGGGACGAUAUCACGUUUGAAGAUACGAUUACGGCCAAAGAAUUGCCAGAGACUUUCGAGGUUGAGGCUGUGAAUGAGCAAAGUGGGACCAAGAUUCUGAAGCGGAUAGUUCAUCAUAGGUAAAUCAGCAAAAAAGCAAAAUUUUUUAAACUACUGUAAUUUUUAUGGCUCAAUAUGUUAUAUUUUUUACUUUUAAAGUUAAAUUAAAACGUAUAUUUUAAAAAUUUUCUUAACUUUAAUAUUUUCAGUUCCCAAGCAUCUGAACGUAACGUCUCGCCGCCGAAGUCUUCAGCAAAAAGCACGACUUCAAGUAAGGCAAGCUCUACAACUUCAAGUAAGGCCAGCUCUAUAAGUACCUCAACUUCAAAGUCUUCAAAGAGUCAGGCGUCAGAAAAGAAGCCUAAAGCAAAAGCUCCGAUAUUGAAAAAGACAAAAGAUGCCAAAUCAGAAGGGGCCAACCCUGCAAAACCAGGAGAGACAAAAGCUGCUAAAUCGGAAAAGACAAAAGAUGCAAAGCCAAAAAGUUGA